AUUCCAUUCAGCGACUGCUAGUACUAGUGCAGCUACGGAGCGUUUUUGCUCUUUGGGUUCGAAGCCUUUCGACAGCAAGCCAUGGCGGCUUCCAUCUCCGUCUCCAGCUACGGCAACUACGCUCUCUUCCUUCCUCUUCCUCACCUCUCUGCUUCGGUACCCUCCAAAGCUAUGGAUUCCGGCUCCCUCCGCACGUUCCGAGGCAGUUCAACCCUCGGCGGAGAGUGCGCGCGCGCGGGCUUUUCGUCUCCCAAGUUGCGCCCAAUUCGAGCGAGCAAGAGCAGGCAGCGUGUCGGGUUUUCUCUCGCUUCUUCCCGCGACGCCCCGAAAUCGUUCUUCUCAGGAAGCCAAAUGCUAGCCAAUCACGUCAGAUGCCAGAACUUCUUCCUUGCUGCUAUGACUGAUGAUACAACUGUUGUACCGGAAAGAUCAACAGCGCAUGAUAUGCCUGAAUCUGAAUGUAGUCACGAUAACCCCCCAGCUACUGAUGGAAAUGAAAAAGAUAAAAGUAGUGAUCUGAGCCUGGAUGAGGAUAAAAUGGUUCGCGUAUGUGACAAGCUGAUAGAGGUUUUCUUAGUUGAUAAGCCCACUCCUACUGACUGGAGAAGAUUAUUAGCUUUUAGCAAGGAAUGGAGCCAUAUCCGUCCUCAUUUCUUCAGGCAUUGUCAAGAGCGAGCUGAUAACGAAGACAACCCGGGCAUGAAACACAAGCUGCUUCGGCUUGGUCGGAAGCUCAAAGAGGUAGAUGAAGAUGUGCAAAGGCACAACGAGCUUCUUGAAUUGAUAAAAAGUGCUCCAUCAGAGAUAAAUGAGGUAGUUGCAAGACGCCGGAAAGAUUUUACUAAAGAAUUUUUCGUACAUGUUCACACUGUAGCUGAAUCCUACUAUGACAACCCAUCUGAGCAAAAUGCUGUUGCGAAGCUUGGGAACAUGUGUUUGGCUGCGGUACAAGCUUAUGAUACUGCAACUGAAAGCAUUGAAGCAUUGAAUACGGCAGAGUUGAAGUUUCAAGAUAUUAUCAACUCUCCCUCGAUAGAUGCUGCUUGUAGAAAAAUAGACAAUCUAGCAGCCAAAAAUGAACUUGAUUCGGCAUUGGUGUUGAUGAUUACAAAAGCAUGGUCAGCAGCCAAGGAAUCAAACAUGAUGAAAGAUGAGGUCAAGGAUAUACUGUAUCAUUUGUAUAUGACUGCAAGAGGCAACCUUCAAAGACUGAUGCCAAAAGAGAUAAGGAUACUGAAAUAUCUCCUUACCAUUGAGGAUCCUGAGGAGAAAGUUUCUGCCUUGAAAGAUGCAUUUACACCGGGAGAAGAACUUGAAGGGAAUGAUGUAGACUGCCUCUACACGACUCCAGAGAAGCUUCACACAUGGAUAAGGACGGUGAUAGACGCAUACCGUUUCAGUCGGGAAGGUACUCUUAUAAAGGAAGCUAGGGAGUUGAUGAACCCAAAAAUCAUUGAGAAGUUAGAGGAACUGAAGAAGCUAGUCGAAGUCCAGUACAUGUGAAUAUCAACCUCGAGUCUUUCUGCAGAUGCUGAUGCAGCAGUGGCCGUUUUGGACCGAGGUUGCUUAGUUUCUCGGACUCUAUAGUUUAUCUUUUGAAAUUUUUUUAGGGUUUACGAGGUGUCCCAUUCCGAAAGAAUCAUGUCCACAAAGCAUCGGGUGAGGGGAUGCUGAUAGGUUCAACAUAUUGUUCUAUAAUUUUGUCAUAUGCUGCGUACGUGGAAAUGUAUCUGUAUCUAUGCAGUCGGUCACUAUGUAAUUUGCAA